CAACAUUGUUCACUGGAAAGAAAACUUCAGCCAAUUUAACAAAAAUGAAUUUCUUCAGAAACCCAGAAGUGCCGACGGAGCUAUAUAAGGAAACAGACACAACGAGGAUGAUAGACAAGUACAACAAGUUCUGGUUCCUAUGCUGCUGUCCAGAUUUCUGGGUCAAGAAGGUGGAUUAUCCCGACUCCUUCACCAGGGUCUACCGGCCUUCGAUGCUGUUCAACCACUUAGUCAUGGUGAUAUUCUGUUCCUCAUGUUUCCUCUCGCUCUGGAGCCAACAUGAUCUCUCCCAAAGCCAGAAAUCCGACAGGCUGGCGUACGCAGCAUCUACUCCCAUUAUUACUGUCCUAUACCAUUUCGUCAUCCUAUAUUAUACAGAGGAUGUUAAACAGGUCCUAUACAAACUCGCUGUAGUUCUCAAAGUCGAUCAUAAUGAUAAGAAAGCCGAAGAUGAAAUGAUAAAACAAUCUAAGUUGUAUAAUGGAAUAUUUUUCUCGUCUUGUGUCUGCAAUAUGGUGCUCGUUGGACUGUAUAACUUUUAUAGAGCUGUUACCACAGAUGAGACAUUUAUAACAUGCAUAUCGGCGUGGCCGGAUAUAGAAGACCGGUCUACUCUAGCAGGUUUGACAAGGGUGGUGGUCUAUUUUCUCUGGUUCUCUCACGUGACUCGCAAUAUGGGUGUCUUCCUCAUCAUACACACGGCGUUGCUAUUACUCAGCCAACAGUACAAGAACCUGCAAAGCUACUUCGAAGAUCUGAACAAAAUAUUCCUUGAAAAAGAACUAAGUCAAGAGGAACAGGAAUUGAAAUUUGAAGUGAGGUUUAAAAAGGGAAUUGAGCAACAUGCGCUUACAUUGUGGUGUGUGGAUGAGACCCAACGCAUCUUUCAAAUAACAUUCAGUUCCCACGUACUGCUCUGGUGUGGCCUGCUCAUCUCCAUCCUUCCUGAUGUGUUGAAUAACGACACACACUCACCUACGAUGCUGGUUUCGAAUGCGCCGAGGGUUUGUGCCGCACUCGUGGGCCUCGGGUACUUCAUGUGGCCAGCAGGAGACAUCACUGUCGAGGCUUCAAACGUGCCUCAUGCUAUGUACGGGUCGGGCUGGCAGUGCUGCCACGACAGGUCUCCUCGAAUCAGGAAGCUGGUGGUCUUGGCGAUGAUGCAGGCACAGCGGUCGAUUGAACUAAAGGCCUUUGCACACUUGACAUUCUCGUAUGAAACCUACGUAGCGAUUGUCAAGAUGUCCUAUUCUCUCUUUUCUGUGUUACUAUCGAAUGGGGCAAAGAAGGAAAAUCAAAAAAGAAUAAAUGUUUACGCAUCAAAAAUUUACCAAAUGAGUAAUCAAAUACCAAUGUAUAAACCAAAUGAAAUGACAAAGCUAUUAGGCAAACUAAAUGUAAUUUGUUUUAUAUGCGGUCUGAGAAACAUAUGGGUAGAAGACGUAAAGUUGACAAACCGAUUCAUUAGCGCCCGUUCUUGUAACAGACUCUUGCUCUUCGCAGAGAUUUUCUACAUAAUUUUUGCCACAACGAUCUUAGGGUCAUUACUUACUCAGAAGAAUUUGUCGGAGAAGCAGAAGACGGAUCAGAUGAUGUUCAGUAUUACCUUACCUGGGAACAUAAUGUUCCAUUACAUCUUGUUGUACCGCAGACAUGAGAUCAGGAACCUUCUGUAUCAUCUGGCUGUGGUGCUGAAAGAGCACUACAACGAUGAGGACUUGGAACGGGAAAUGAUCAAGAAGAUUAAAGUGUUUUCUAUUAGUCUCUGUGGUCUUGUGGGGAUGGUGGUGGUGUCUUAUGGUUUGAGUGCAUUUUACCGAGUGGUUACUGCAGGUGAAACUUUUGUAACAAUCACAUCAGCGUGGCCAGAUAUUCAUGACAGGUCUACGGCAGCUGGUUUAGUCAGAGUUUUUGUCUACUUCUGGUGGUACCCUUUCGCAGCACGGAUCAUGGUCACUUUCUUAAUUCUAGUUACCAUGCUAGUGUCCAUAUGUUAUCAAUUUAAAAAUCUACAGAGUUACUUCUAUAGCCUCGAUGAAAUAUUUUCUGACGGUACACAGAGCCAAGAACAGAAGGAGAAGAAAUAUGAAAAUGCGUUUAAACUUGGAAUAAAGAUGCAUUCGCUUACAUUGUGGUGCAAGAAUCAGCACCAGCACGUCAGUAAAGAACUAUUCGCUACUGAAAUAUUUCUAUUCUUCGGAAUGUUGCUGUCCCAGCUUACCGCUUUGCUGGCUGGUGGUCGGAAUAUGACUCAAUUGUGCACGAUGUUCAUUACGUCGGUAACGACAUGUCUUGCAUUGGGAUUUUUCAUGUGGAAUGGAGGCGACAUCACAUUAGAGGCAUCUAAGCUAUCGGAGGCGAUGUACUGUUCGGGCUGGCAGAACUGUUACGGACAAUCAUCUGUUCGCAUCAGAAAGCUAGUGGCCAACGCCUUGAGGCAGGCUCAGAAUCCAGUGGUUUAUAAGACAUUGGGGAUUGUAGAAUUCUCCUACGAGUCGUACGUUAGACUUGUUAAAAUGCCAUACUCUGCGGUGUCGGUAUUCUAUUGAAACUCCACGCAAUUCGCUUCGUUCGAGUAGUGGGACGGGAAACAAAUACCUACAUUUUAAUUAUUUUCAGUA